GCGAGAUGGAGGCCGCCGCCGUCGAUGAGACACUACCGUCUCCUCCGCCUCCAGUCAGCGGACCACCACCACCUCGUGCGCUAUCCAAGCCAGCGCCUUUGACGCACGUCCAUUCGACGACUGAGCCAAGCCGCGACGGGUCAUUUGGCCCGGAUGCCAAGCACCCGCUAGUCCACGACGGCGUGGUCGACAUGCGCAUGCUUAUGAUCUCAAUGUGGAAACACCGCAAGAACGUCGCGUUCAUAAACUCGUUGUGCGACGAGCUGCGGAAGCUCACCAACACUCGACCGAUCUUGGACCAGGUCGAGUUUUACCUUCCACAGCUGUCGCACAUGGUCCUGCAUUUGGAGAAGGAGCUCCCGAUGGAAGCGAUGGAGCAGUUUGUGAUGCUGCUGUCACUGAGCAGCAGCCACUUUGCCCUCCAAUUCUUUUGGAUUGUGUACGGAGCACUGGACGAACACCGCCCCAAGAAGAAUGGAAACCCUCGCACGUUUACUCGGUGUGCUCAGCUACUCGUCAUCCUCGAGCAGUGCUUCAUUUACGGCUCCCCGGUCAACAAGCAAGCCAAGGAACUGUUUGCGAACCAGCAAAUCUCCAAGGCAGAAAUGAACUUGAUCCUCAAGGCCGACCGCCGGUUCUUCGCUGCACAGAGCAGUGCGUGCAUGACGCUUGUCGACGACUCGUUUGACGGUUGGCUGUACAAGAAAGGCGGCGGCACCAGCAAGCUCGGCCGCCGCAGCUGGCACCGUCGGUGGUGCUGCAUUGAGCGCAAGAUCCUGUACGUUUACAACAGUCGGCACGACCACCAUGCGCGCAACACCAUCCCUCUGGAGCGCUCCGAGGUCCGCGUGAGUGCAAACCCCAAACGACCACACUACUUUGAGAUCCACCACAGGUUGAGCGACACCACAUUCAAGUUUGCUGCCCCCUCUAGCGAGGACCUCCAGCUGUGGGUGGACAACUUGGAAUCGGCUUCUGCCCCGCCUGGUCCACCCCCGUCGUCUCCGUCCAAAGUUCCUGGUGGCGGUCCGUCCCGAGCGAUCGAGCGCAUGUCCGACCGCAUGCGGUCGUUCAUCCUGGAACCGGAGCGGCGGAACAGCGACGACCAGGAUGGAGAUGCGAGCGACUGCAGCCGUCGCGUUCAUGUCGAGGACGGGAUCGACAAAGCGCACGAGGUGUCGAUGGCAGCGCCCGUGGACGUUCUCACGAAGGGCGAGGCGCUCCCAGACCAGCAAGCCGACGCCACAACGACUCGGUCGCGAACGUCGUCUGCGGGCAAGGCUCAAGUCCACCUCACCCAAGAGGAGCAGAUGCGCUACGAUUUCUUCACCGACCAAAUCACGUUUGUCAAGUCGAUCACAGACAUCUGCGAAGACCUGCGGCUCGUCGACGCCUCGAAGCGCAAGGAACUGCUCCCGAUCAAGCUCCGUGACCUCGACAAACGCCUGCCCACAUUCGCGUACUUGCCGCUGUGCCGAUCGACGGACCACUUUUACCACGUCACGGCCGUCUGUGCGGACGACGGCUACGUGUUCAAGACACAUGAGCGCGCGCCGUGCUUGAUGCAUUUUGUUUCGACGCCGAACGCGUCGCAUUGGGACGUGUCGACCGCGCUUUUCACGUACCUGCAUGCCCACGACGAGCACAUUGAGACGAAUGUCCAGUGCGACGCCGCCGUUCCAAGCGCGUCGACGCCUUUUCUCGACGAGCUGCUUUUGGACGACGACCGCCGGGCCAAGAUUCACGCGAUUUUUGGCGAGCUCAAGUGCGAAAAGACUGCGCGGCUCGCCCGGGCGUAUCCAGUCGACGGCGCGUUCCAUCUCGAGUCGUUUAUUGCCAAGAGCUACGACGACCUGCGGCAGGAAGUGCUCGUGAUGCAGCUCAUUUCGUACCUCGACAACGUGUUCGCGCGCGACAAGCUCCCGUUGAAAUUGCACCCGUACCGGAUUCUGUCGACCGGCGCCAGCACCGGGUUGAUCGAGCUCGUGGCAAACGCGACGUCGUUCGACGGACUGAAAAAGACGGCCGGAUUCAAAUCGCUCCGCGCUCAUUUUGAGACGCUGUACGGAGAUACCAACAGCACGACAUUCCACACGGCCAUGACCAACUUUAUCCAGAGCCUCGCGGCGUACUCGAUGGUGUGCUACAUCCUGUGCAUCAAGGACCGGCAUAACGGCAACAUCCUGCUUGACGUUGAGGGCCGCGUCGUCCACAUCGACUUUGGCUAUUUUCUUGGGCGAGCACCGGGCGGGUCGUUCAGCUUCGAGACGGCGCCGUUUAAGCUCACGGCCGAGAUGGUCGAGUGCAUGGGCGGCAAAAUGUCGGCGAAUUUCAAAACGUUUACAGAGCUGUGCAUCCAAGCGGCGCUGGCGGCGCGACGACAUGGCGACACGCUGUACACGCUCGUCGAGGUCAUGAGCUUGCAUUCGAAGCUCCCGUGCUUCAACGGCAACACCGCGACGACCUUGUCUGCGUACCGAGAUCGCCUCUUCCUCAACGUGGCCGAGGAUCGCGUCCCAGCAGUUGUCCACGGGCUCAUUGAAAAGUCGCUCGGGAGCUUUGGGACGGCCAAGUACGACCAGUUCCAAGAGUACUCGAACGGAAUCGCCAAGUGA